GGACUGGCGGCCAGCGAGCGGCGGCGGAGGAUGAGCUUGCUUUGCGCCCAGUAUCUCCGGCAGGCAGAAGUCCUGAAGGCUGACAUGACAGAUUCGAAGCUGGGUCCAGCUGAAGUCUGGACUUCCAGGCAAGCUUUGCAGGACUUAUACCAGAAAAUGCUAGUUACAGAUUUGGAAUAUGCUUUGGACAAAAAAGUAGAACAAGAUCUGUGGAAUCAUGCCUUUAAGAAUCAGAUCACAACUCUACAGGGUCAAGCAAAAAACCGAGCAAAUCCAAAUCGGAGUGAAGUCCAGGCAAACCUCUCUCUGUUCCUGGAGGCAGCUAGUGGCUUCUAUACACAGCUACUGCAGGAGCUGUGCACAGUGUUUAAUGUAGAUUUGCCCUGUCGUGUGAAGUCCUCUCAACUGGGGAUUAUCAGCAAUAAACAGACGCACACCAGCGCCAUUGUGAAGCCACAAUCUAGCUCCUGCUCAUAUAUUUGCCAGCACUGCCUUGUCCAUCUUGGAGACAUUGCUCGUUACAGAAAUCAGACCAGUCAGGCUGAGUCCUACUAUAGGCAUGCAGCUCAGCUUGUUCCCUCCAAUGGUCAGCCUUAUAAUCAGUUGGCUAUUUUGGCAUCCUCCAAAGGAGACCACCUGACCACAAUUUUCUACUACUGCAGAAGCAUUGCUGUGAAGUUUCCUUUCCCAGCUGCCUCUACCAAUCUACAAAAAGCACUUUCUAAAGCACUGGAAAGUCGUGAUGAGGUGAAGACUCAAUGGGGAGUGUCUGAUUUCAUCAAGGCAUUUAUAAAAUUCCAUGGUCAUGUGUACCUGAGUAAGAACUUGGAGAAAUUGAACCCUCUUCGUGAGAAGUUAGAGGAGCAGUUCAAGCGGCUGCUGUUCCAAAAAACCUUCAAUUCUCAGCAGCUAGUCCACAUUACCAUCAUCAACCUGUUUCAGCUGCAUCACUUGCGAGACUUCAGCAAUGAGACUGAGCAGCACAGUUACAGCCAAGAUGAGCAGCUCUGUUGGACGCAACUGCUGGCUCUCUUCAUGUCUUUCCUUGGAAUCCUGUGCAAGUGUCCACUCCAGAACGAUUACCAGGAAGAGUCUUGGGGUUCUUAUCCCCUUCCUGCUCUCAAAGUCUCAAUGGACUGGCUGAAACUUAGACCCAGUGUGUUUCAGGAGUCUGUAGUCGACGAGCGCCAAUAUAUUUGGCCAUGGCUGAUCUCCCUUCUAAACAGUUUCCAACCUCAUGAGGAAGACCUCUCCUGCCCAAAUGCAACUCCACUUCCAGAGGAGUUUGAGCUGCAGGGAUUCCUCGCUCUGAGACCUUCCUUCAGGAACUUAGAUUUCUCCAAAGGCCAUCAAGGGAUUACUGGAGACAAAGAAGGGCAGCAUCGGCGUCUACGGCAACAGCGCCUGAUCUUCACGGGCAAGUGGAUUGCUGACAACCAGCCAAGGCUGAUCCAGUGUGAAAAUGAGGUCGGGAAACUCCUGUUCUUGACCGAGAUCCCAGAGUUACUACUUGAUGAGCCUAGCGAAGCCAAACAGAGUCUUGUUCUGCAGGAAGCAUCCCUUACAGAGCCACAGUUUGCAGACGGGAGUCCAGGACUAAAGUCAGUGCUGUCGACAGGUCGAAACCUAAGCAGCAGCUGCGACACAGGAGAUAAGCCAAUGGUGACAUUCAAAGAGAACAUUAAACCGCGAGAGGUAAACCGAGAGCCAGGCCGAGGCUAUCUAACAAAGGAAGUGAGUAGAGAAAGAAGGGAUUACAGCAAAGGAAUAACAGCCAAUAAAAAUGACGGGAAGAAAGACAACAACAACAAGAGGAAGAAUGAAACCAAGAAGUGCGGCAUGGAAAAGAUGCAGGAAGCAGGGAAGCAGAACGUGGCGGUGCAGGUGAAAUCACAGACGGAGUUGAGGAAGACUCCCGUCUCUGAAGCCAGGAAAACACCAGUAACUCAGUCUCCAAACCAGGCCAGCAACUCCCAGUUCAUCCCCAUCCAUCACCCAGGAGCUUUCCCCCCGCUUCCCAGCCGACCAGGCUUCCCACCUCCAGCGUAUGUUAUCCCCCCGCCUGUGGCUUUCUCUAUGAGCUCGGGGUACACUUUCCCAGGUGGCGUUUCUGUCCCAGGAACCUUUCUUCAGCCUGCAGCUCACUCACCCGCAGGAAACCAGGUGCAAGCUGGGAAGCCAUCCCACAUUCCUUACAGCCAGCAGCGGCCCUCCGGACCAGGCCCGAUGAACCAGGGACCUCAGCAGACGGCCUCCCCUUCCCAGCAGUCCCUCUCAUCCUUAUCAGCUCAGGCAACAGUGCAGUCUGCCAGCCAGUUACAGGUCCAGGCUCUGGCCCAGCAGCAGCAGCAGCAGCAGCAGUCUCCUACAAAAGCUGUGCAGGCCUUAGGGAAGAGCCCUCCGCACCACUCUGGAUUCCAGCAGUAUUCCCAGGCAGACGCAUCCAAGCAGCUCUGGAACCCUCCUCAGGUCCAAGGCCCGCUGGGGAAGAUUAUGCCUGUGAAGCAGCCCUACUAUCUUCAGAGUCAGGACCCCCUAAAACUGUUUGAACAGUCGUUGCAGCCUCCCCUCAUGCAACAGCAGCAGCCUCUGGAGAAGAAGAUGAAGCCUUUCCCCAUGGAGCCAUAUAAUCAGAAUCCCUCGGAAGUCAAGGUGCCAGAAUUUUACUGGGACUCUUACAUGGCUGACAACCGUGUUGUGAUGGCACAGCAGCAAGCUAACAUGGACCGCAGGGGCAAACGGCAGCAAGGAGUUUUUCGUCCGGAGCAGGAUGCCAUGCCUAGGAUGGGUUUUGAGGACCCCAAGAGCUCCCCUCUGCUUCCUCCGGACCUGUUAAAGAGUCUGGCUGCCUUGGAGGAGGAGGAAGAGCUGAUUUUCUCUAAUCCUCCUGAUCUUUACCCAGCUCUGCUGGGGCCUCUCGCGUCUCUUCCUGGACGAAGCCUCUUUAAAUCGCUGCUAGAGAAACCAUCAGAUCUGAUGUCUCAGUCACCUUCUUUCCUGUCCCUCACGGGCUUCUCUCUUAACCAGGAAAGAUACCCAAACAGCAUGUUCAACGAGGUGUAUGGAAAAAACCUCAAUGCCAGCACAAAACCAGACGUCACUCCAUCAGUGGCUCACCAGGAGACUUCACUCUACUCUCUCUUUGAAGGGACGCCAUGGUCUCCAUCUCUUCCAGCCAGCUCAGAUCAUUCAACACCAGCUAGCCAGUCGCCUCACUCAUCGAACCCUAGCAGUUUGCCAAGCUCUCCUCCAACACACAACCACAACUCUGUUCCAUUCUCCAACUUUGGGCCCAUUGGAACGCCGGACAACAGAGAUCGGAGGGUGGCAGAUCGGUGGAAGACGGAUAAGCCAGCAAUGGGAGGAUUUGGCCUGGACUAUCUUCCGGCAACAUCUUCCUCUUCAGAGAGUAGCUGGCACCCAUCCAGCACUCCCAGUGGCACCUGGGCAGCCCAUGGCCCAGCAAUAGAGGAUUCGUCGGCCGUGCUCAUGGAAAGCCUGAAGUCCAUCUGGUCCAGUUCCAUGAUGCAUCCUGGACCUUCGGCCCUGGAGCAGCUGCUGAUGCAGCAGAAGCAAAAGCAGCAACGCGGGCAAGGUGCCAUGAACCCGCCACACUGAGAACAAAGGGAGACGGCAACCUUUGCAACCGAAGGCCUCCAUAACUCAUGGCAUGUUGGGUUUGCAGGACUGGCCCACACAGUCCUGUGCGCGUGGCAGCCCUCUCUUCUGUUCUUUGCCGUCAGGAGGGCGUAAGUGCUCCACCAACCCACCGAGUGUGCACGGGAAAUGUCUGCAGUGCAACGGAAAAGCCAACAUCAGGAACUCUCCCGUACCCCCCCAGGCCCUCUGGAGGGAGAGAGGGACUGCUGUUUGUCUCACGGUAACCCGAUAUCACCGCCUCUCACCUUCUCCAUCGUGCAUGCCCCCCCUCGACCACGUGGGAAACCUUAAAAAAAAAGCUGAGAAUGAAGAACAGAUGGGAGAAGCCACUGAGAACUUCUCGAUCCUUCUCCUCAAUGUUUUUUUUUGGGGGGGACCCAAUAGGAAUCUAUUACCGAUAGCUUUGCUGACUGAGAAUGUAGUUGAAAUUUACUCCUCGACAUCUAAAUUUCUGAUUAUGACUCUCUCAGUAGUGAGGUCACACUGAAUUCUUCCAUACACAGAUGUGCUUUGUAGUCGGUGUGUAGCAAUCCCCUCCAGUCACUGGUCCAACCAGAGGUGGGUGGUGGUAAAUUCAGCCGUGUCUGGGGAGGGGGGAGGUGUGUGCCAGCCUCCUGGGUUUAGAGAAGGAGUUUUGUGAAGGAGAACCUGGCCUGACCCCCCCUCCAGUACCACUUCCACUUUUUCCUCAAUGGCUGCCUGUGGAUGACCCUGCAUGGGUAGAAAUUCCAAUACUGAAGCGCAGUGGCCGCUGCAGGGCCCCCCCUCUCAGGGCGAGCAAGUCACUGCUAUGAGGUUUUAAGUUAAAUGGCUCAGACUUCUGUACAUUUUAUGAUAGCCUAGCGACCAGUCUCACAAAACAAAAUGGCAAGCUGGUCUGUGCAUUCACAGCCUGGACUUCUUUACGUAGGUAGGUAGAAGCUUUCUGUGUCUUUCCCCCCACCUUCUCUCCACCCCUCCCGGUUGCCCCCUUUCUCCCCUCCCUUCUUGCUGGUUGCUCAUAGUUCUAUUCUUCAUAAGCGGCAUCCCACAGAGUCCUUGCAGAAGUAACUGGGAAAGCCAGAGGAGUUCGUCCGGACAGGAUGACGUGUCACGGUCCCUCUGCCCCGUAGGUGUAUGGCCGCUCUGCGGGCUGCCACACGCCCCCUGCAGCCACAAGGUUCCCGUUCUGGAAUGGAAGUUCGAGGCAACCAAUGACACAGACGCAGAGCCCUUGCACAGAAGCCGGUAGUCCCCCUCAUUCCUGCAACGGGUGUGGAAUGGGGUACAGGGGUCCUACUCGGUAUUUAUUGAGCAGAAAAGAAGACGGCAGUUCUUCUUCUCGUGUCGGGUAAAAGGACAGCAGUUCUUUUUCUUUUUUUUCCCGUUCUGUUUUCCGAGGUAGUUACGGAAACAAUCUAAACGUCUCAAAGCUGCUGCCGUUUGCAGGAGCGUACGUAAACCAGUUCUGAAUCUGCGAGCCAGGAAACGGCUGCAGAGCAAAGCACAUCCAGGGUCCGUGGGGGUGACACUGGAGUCGGGAAACAGUCCCAAACAGACUUUACGUAAAGGGAAGCUGUACAUGUAGUACUCUUUCUAGGAUAGGACGUGGACUCUCUCUGCCUCCCCUUGCUAGCAGUGUUGCUGCUCUGCAUUGCAUUUUUGAAACUUGUUCCUCCCCUUCCCCCCCAAACCUGCCCCCCCCCCCCAAGGAUGAAGCUCCUGCCCUGGUUGUAAUCUUGAGCUGAGAUUCUCUGUGCUUCUUUGACUCCUUUCCUUCCAUCCCGCCUCCCCCUCUCCCCCCCCCCAGUUUGUGUAUUUGAGCUGUGCGCUCAGGCAGCUGCGACAUUCCAAUGUUUUGAACCGCCACUGAUUCUUGCACCCGAGACAACACCUAACCAGGUUCCCAUCUCACUCUUCCAGCGGUGCCAGGGUCCCAGCCCGGAGGCUCCCAUUCUGCAUGAGAAAUCUGGUGUUUGGAAUGUUUUUUUCUCAACCUUUAGGGCCGGGCUCCCCGUUCUCUCCCUCUCUCCCCCCCAACCCCAUGCACACACGCACAUAAUGCCCUUCCGUACUGGGAGCCGCAAGGGACAGGGGGGACCCCCCCCAGCAGAGAAAACUGGUUUGUGUCGUAAGCUUCUUUUGUGUUUUUUGUCUGUCUGUGCAAGACCUGCAGCUGCUGAACUCAGCUUUGCCUUUAAUUAAACCAUGUUCUCUACAGCCAGCCUGGUGUAGUCACAUCAUCUUCUUUCAGUAGUCCUUAAGCUUCAAUUAAUGCAGCCACGCGGGUGCUGUUUCGCUUUCCAGAUCAAAGCAACGGGAGGUGGAACUGCUCAGCGGAGAAACGGGGGUCCUGAGGGUCAUACUAACCCUGGCGCCAGUUCAGCAGUCUAGGUGGGGCGAUGACCCAAGUACAGCUAGCGCCGCUGGGCUACAGUUGCUCUGCUAAGCCAUAAGUUACCAGUGG